AUGGCUAACGAGCAAGCAGCACUUCCCCAGACCGUCACAGCGAAGAACCCUAAGCUCGCAGCACAGAUGGCGAACGACUUGAACAUCGUGCGCAGAAAGCUUACAGGCUACGUCGGUUUCGCAAACCUGCCCAACCAGUGGCACCGCAAGAGUGUGCGCAAGGGCUUCAACUUCAACGUUAUGGUCGUUGGUGAAUCUGGCCUCGGAAAGUCGACUCUCGUGAACACGCUGUUCAACACCUCUCUGUACCCUCCCAAGGAGCGCAAGCCCCCUAGCAUUGACAUCUCUAAGACUGUCUCGAUACAGUCCAUCAGCGCCGAUAUCGAGGAGAACGGCGUUCGUCUGCGCUUGACCGUCGUUGACACACCCGGCUUCGGUGACUUCAUCAACAACGACGAAUCGUGGGAUCCCAUUGUUAAGAACAUUGAGCAACGAUUUGACGCCUACCUCGAUGCCGAGAACAAAGUCAACCGCAUGAACAUUGUUGACAACCGCAUCCACGCUGUUGUCUACUUUAUCCAGCCCACUGGUCACUCGCUCAAGCCCCUCGAUGUUGAAGUUAUGAAGAAGCUGCACACCAAGGUCAACCUGAUUCCGGUUGUUGCCAAGGCCGAUACAGUAUCCGAUGACGAGAUUGACAACUUCAAGAGAAGGAUUCUCGCGGACAUCAAGCACCACGGCAUUCAGAUCUUCGAAGGUCCACGAUACGAGCUCGACGAUGAGGAGACCAUCGCUGAGAACCAGGAGAUCAUGGCCAAGGUUCCCUUCGCUGUUGUCGGUUCGAACGACGAGGUCAUUACUGCCGAUGGUCGCAAGGUCCGUGGUCGCGCCAUGCCUUGGGGUGUCGUUGAGGUCGACAACGAGGAGCACUGCGACUUCGUCAAGCUCCGACAGAUGCUUAUCCGCACCCACAUGGAAGAGCUCAAGGAGAAUACCAACAACACACUCUACGAGAAUUACCGUUCCGAGAAGCUUACAGCGAUGGGUGUCCAGCAAGACUCCAGCGUGUUCAAGGAGGUCAACCCUGCGGUCAAGCAGGAGGAGGAGCGCUCGCUGCACGAGCAAAAGCUCCAGAAGAUGGAGAUGGAAAUGAAGAUGGUCUUCCAGCAGAAGGUCAACGAGAAGGAGAGCAAGCUGCGACAGAGCGAAGAGGAGCUGUACGCCCGCCACAAGGAGAUGAAGGACCAGCUCGACCGACAACGAAGCGAGCUCGAGGAAAAGAAGGCACGCAUCGAGUCUGGACGGCCGCUGGAAGAGAAGGGCAAGAGGAAGGGCUUCUCCCUCCGUUAA